AUGGCGGCUCCUUUCCCAUCCCCAACCUCAAUGUGGCACACAAACACGUACCACACUUUGUCACCUACCCGGCCCGAACUUUCUGCCCAAGGCAAAAACGUUCUGGUAACAGGAGGUGGUAGUGGCAUCGGCGCAGAGACCGCUCGCUACUUCGCCGAAGCAGGCGCGUCUCGAAUCGCACUCCUUGGCCGCCGGGAACAGGCUCUUCUCGACACCAAGGCGUCCAUCGAGCACAAGUUUCCAAACGUCGAGGUUUUCGUGGCAGCCACUGACAUCACAAAUAAGAGCGAAGUGGACGAAGCUUUUAAGAAGUUUGUUGGCGACCAAAAAAUACACGUUCUAGUUAACAGCGCCGCAAUUGUUGGGCCCCGUGAGUCCGUGCAAGAAGCGGAUGGUGACAAGUUUCUGGACGCUGUCCAGGUACACCUCAAAGGAGCAUUGUUCAUUGCGCAGGCAUUCCUUCGACACUCUUCGACGGAUGCUGUCGCCAUCGAAAUUAAUUCGUCUGCCGCGCUUGUAAAUUUCAGUCCUGCCUUCGUUUCAUAUAGCGUCGCCAAGCUGGCAGUGUUUCGACUUUGGGAUUCUCUAGCCUUUGCAAAUCCAGCGUUGAGCGUUUUCCAUGUCCAACCAGGCAUAGUAGACACUGCUAUGAAUAGGGAAACUGGAGGUGUUGAUGCUGUUGGAUUUGAAGAUCAUGUGUCUCUUCCAGGGAGCUUCAACCUUUGGCUCGCAAGCCCCGAAGCACGCUUCCUGAAGGGAAAGUUCCUGUGGGCAAACUGGGAUGUUGAUGAACUGAAGGCCCGAGCCAAAGAGAUUCAAUCCAGCGCGCAACUUAGUAUUGGGCUGGCUGGGUGGCCGUUUGGGGAUCCCAAUUGGAAAGCCACUUGGAAUUAA